AUGCUUGCCAGGUCUGCUAUUGUGCGUAAAUACGCUCUGAGAAAAUUGGCGUCAACUGCUACUGCUACUCCCAAGUUGACCGAUGUUCUCAUUGUAGGAGGAGGACCCGCUGGUUUAACACUAGCUGCAGCUCUCAAAUCGACCCCUAGGCUCCAACAUCUCAAAACUACCUUAGUAGAUGCCAGUGAUUUGAUGGGGAAGGUUGCACCUUUCUACGAUUCCCCUCCAGAGAAUUUCACCAAUAGAGUCGUUAGUCUGACACCACCAUCCAAGAGUUUUAUAGAAACAAAAGCUGGUGCAAGAAUGUUAGAGGACAGAAUUCAGCCAUAUGAUGGGAUGUACGUCACUGACGGUCUUACAAAUGCCACUUUAAAUAUGGAGAAGGAUUCGAUGGCUUAUAUGGUAGAAAUUUUAAACAUACAGUCUUCUUUGUUGAAAAGGCUCGAAGAAUUGAAUUUACCCAGUGAAUCGUUGCAACUAAUGGAUAAUACUAAAGUCGCUAGCAUUGAAUACAGUGAUCCAGAGGACACUACGUCUUGGCCUAUCGUGACGCUAGAUAACGGUGAAGUCUUCAAGACAAGGUUAUUAGUCGGAGCCGAUGGGUUUAAUUCACCAGUGAGGAAAUUUUCUGAUAUUCAAAGUCGUGGUUGGUUUUACAAUAGAUUCGGUGUGGUUGCUACUAUGAAAUUGGAAUACCCGCCAUAUAAGCUUAGGGGUUGGCAAAGAUUUUUGCCUACCGGGCCCAUUGCCCACUUGGCGCUUCCAGAUGAUAAUGCCACGUUGGUAUGGAGUACUACCGAGCCAUUGUCAAGACUACUAAGAGAGAUUACACCGGAACAAUUCACAGGUCUAGUAAACGCUGCAUUUGUAUUAGAGGAUUCGGAUUUGAAAUAUUUCUACCGUCAAUUGGAGAAGGGAACCAUUUCCAACGAAAAACUGCUAGAAGAUAUCAAUUUUAGAACAGAACAGGUCUACGAUUCUCUAGAAAAUGACGAUUUGAUUGACGAAAUUUAUCCGCCAAGAGUCAAAUCAAUUCUGGGACCAAGUAGAGCCAGGUUCCCAUUAAAAAUGUUCCAUGCCGACACUUACUGUAAAGAUCGUAUCGCUCUUGUGGGUGAUGCUGCGCAUGCUACGCAUCCACUGGCCGGUCAAGGUCUAAAUAUGGGACAAGGUGAUGUAGAAGCCCUUAUCAAAGCACUAGAGAAGGCUUCAAUGAGAGGUCAUGAUAUCGGAUCUUUGCUCAGUUUGCAACCUUUCUGGGCUGAACGUUACCCAAUUAACAAUAUGCUUUUGGGAAUGACUGAUAAAUUACAUAAGAUUUACGGCACCGAUUUCGCACCAAUUGUGGCCCUCAGAUCUUUAGGUGUUAGCAUUAUGAACAAGGUGGGCCCCUUGAAGAAUUUGAUAAGUGGUACUUUGAGUGAUUCGGGCAAGUAA